AUGCCUUCCGUCGGAUACUGCAGCACAGCCUCCACUACGCCGUUAGCAAGCGCCGCAACAUCCGCCGCGUCAGCUCAAGACGGCAGAAGUGGAGAACAAACUCCAUCAAUCCAGGAGAGAGCCAGAGGGGAGCUACUGAACGCUCCAGGGCAGCAUGGCUUAUUGCCAGGAGGCCUCGGACAUUUUCGUCUAGGCACCAGCUGCCUUCAGUCGGCCAAGGGGCCGCUGGAAGCCUUGCCAUUGGCGCAACGGAUCCAAGAGGCCGAGGCUGCGGAGGCCAAGCUUGAAGCCGAUCUAGUCGGCCUGGGAUGGCUAAGAAAGAGCAGCCAGGACCAAAAUGGGGGGGGGAGGGGUGCAAGAAUUCCGAGCCUAGACACCAGGCGUGUUUGA